UGUUCAGGGCCCUUUACUGAGCAAGUAUAAAUAAGAGAACGGUAGGGUCGAAAUCGACAACGGCAAACCUAAGGAAAACGAUUGUAUUUACCAUUUGAAAUUCUACAAACGAUUACUCAUUUCUUAAGCGUGCACUAAUUAUCACAAUGUCUCUUCAACCUUUCUUCGAUUUGCAUCCAUUUCAAGACGUCUUUUCCGACUUUUUGAGUUAUUCCCCUCGCGUUCAACGCCAGGAUCGUGCUGUUGAUUUGUCACCUGCCAUUGAUGUCCAUGAAGACAAAGACACGGUUGCUGUUGAUGUAGAACUUCCUGGUGUCAAAAAGGAAGACGUUCAAGUUCAUUACGACGAAGGAAAACUUACCGUUUCUGGUAAAUCCGUGAAUGAGCGCAAGAGCGAGGGAGAUCGUGGAAACCACAGAUGGUCUGAACGUCGCUUUGGAUCCUUCUCCCGUACUAUCUCCAUCCCCAGCAGGAUCGAUUCCGACCGUAUUGAAGCCCAAUAUUCCAAUGGCAUUUUGAGUAUUGUCUUGCCCAAGAUUGAGCAGUCCCGCUCUAAGAAACAAAUUACUAUUAACUAAAUUUGAGAAAAUUAUGAUGCAUAUGAGUUUAUGAUGAAACGUAAUGCUAUGAAAUAUUUUAAUGAGAGUUCAUGAAAAUGCUAUUAGCAAUGUUAUAAGAGAAUGAGAAUGAUAAUCAAUAAAUGAAUAAAUUUUCAAUGCUACAUAA